AUGGGUCUGCCCAUCACUAAUGGCGACAUGCUUCUUGAAGAAGUUUUGGGUGGUGCCAGUGGUCUCCCUUCGGGAAUCCGUAGUGGCGUUAUCGGGACCUCUCCUGUCGAUAACAGCUUGUCCGCUCGACAAAAUCGACAGCCAGUUGGCAUGGGCGUUGGGGUAGCCAAUCCUGACGAGGAUUGGGUCAGCGAUUCUGGGUAA